AUGCAGCUUCCAAAAAUCUGGGGCCAAAACGCUGCCCAGGGCGACACCCCUGUGGUUCGACGCAACCGCGGCCAGCUGCCCAUGCUGCAUCUCGCCGACACCACGCGCAACAACCUCAUCGCCAUCGCCGGCGAGUUCACGGGCACCUUUCUCUUCCUGUUCUUCUCCUUUGCCGGCACGCAGGUGGCCAACACGCCGAAACCCGUCGCGGGCGCGCCGCCAAAUACCUCGGCUCUGCUGUACUCCUCGCUGGCCUUUGGAUUCUCGCUCAUGGUCAAUGUCUGGGCGUUUUAUCGCGUUACCGGGGGGUUGUUUAACCCGGCUGUGACUCUUGCGCUGUGCCUCGUCGGCGGCAUGCCGCCCAUCAGAGGCGUCUCUGUUUUCGCCGCGCAGCUCGUCGGCGGUAUCGCAUCGGCCGGUGUCGUGAGCGCCUUGUUCCCGGGUAGUCUCAACGUCGCGACGCGGCUCGGCGGAGGCGCCUCCAUCUCGCAGGGCCUCUUCAUUGAAAUGUUCCUGACAGCCCAGCUCGUCUUUGUCAUCAUCAUGCUCGCCGUCGUCAAGCACAAAUCGACGUUCCUCGCCCCCGUCGCGAUCGGGUUGACGUUUUUCGUGACGGAGAUGAUUGGGGACUACUACACAGGCGGCAGCCUCAACCCCGCGCGCUCGCUCGGUCCGGACGUGAUCAACCGCAGCUUCCCGGGCUACCACUGGAUCUACUGGGUGGGGCCCUUGCUGGGCUCGCUGCUCGCCUGCGGGUUCUACUACUUCCUGCGCAUGUUCUCGUACGAGUCGGUGAAUCCGGGUCAGGACUUUAACGAGUGGGAGGCGAAGCGCGGGGCCGGGUCGUGGGAUUUCCAUCGUCCGAGUUACUCGGAUACCACGACGAUCAAUACGGAGCCUCGCGGCGGCGGGCGCAGUGGGAAUGUGGUCAUGGAGCAUAACGGGCGGGGUCACAAUCCGGGGAGAGUCUCGCCGGGAGAGGCGAGGCCGCUGCCGGAUGGGGCUGAGCAGGUGUGA